ACACGGCGGGGUUUACUUUAAAAAGAAUAAAUCCUAGCGCUGCUUUGCAAAGCAAACGCAGGCCUGGUCUGAGGGGCGAAUGGGCGGAGCUGCACACAUGCGCUGAGCUGGCAGGGUCCGGGGCUGGUCUUUGAGGAAAGGGAGACACGGCGGGCUGACUGACUCCGGUCGGGGCUUGUCUAAACCAGACAGCCGCUUCGAAACCUCACCAUCGCCCGUCUCUAUACUCACUAGCGGAGGAACCCAGGGGCGACGGUCAGACGUGGGAAAGACAGCAGUGGCUGGGGUACCACCUCCCCUGCUUCAUCCUCCCCCCUCUCUCCUCUGAGCCCCCCUCCCACGCCCCCGCGACCACCAUCGCGAAUAAGCGAUGCACUUUUCUUAUUUAUAUUCAGUCUUUUCUUUUCUUCAUUAUUUUUAUUUAAAGAAUGCAAGGUUACUCUUGUAAUUCUGAACGGGUUUCUGAAUGCGAAAGGACGUGCAUAUAUUUCUUGGAAACUGACAGAUGCCAACAACGUUUUUUUUUUGUUUUUUUUUUUAAGAAUCGAUUUUUUUGUUUAGUAUUUACUAAAAACAACAACAACAUCAACAACAAAACAGAUGGUUUUUAACGCGAUUUUCUAACCUUUGCCACCUUAACUAACCAAACCAGCCUUUUUUUUCUGAACGGAGAAGGGAGAGACCAUUGAAAAAUACAUUUUAAAAAAAGCUCGUUUGCAGCAAAAGGAUUUAGAGAGAGGGAAAAAAAAGUUUACCCCCAAGUAAAAAAAAAAACAAAAAACAAAAAAAAGAGCCGAAGAUUACGACCAUUCACGAGACCGGGGCAUUCCAAAGCUGGGCUGUCUGGGCUCCCUGCCAGGCGUGUCUGUGUGUAGCGCCUGUGGAGCUGGCCGUCGCCGUGGCGAUGCUGUCCCUAGACGAACCCCUGGACCUCAAGCUGACCCUGUCGAAGGUGCGGGGGGCGAGGGGGGACCCCCCUACGGACUCGCAGAGCGCCAGGCGGUGCCAGCUCAAGAUGGCCCCGGACGGAAGCGCGGUGAUCAUGCCGGCAUUACCCUCCUCCCCGCGCACAGGUCAGUCCACACUGCCCCGCUCUCAGUCCCAAGAGAAGCCUGAACCCCGAAACACAGCCACCCCUGCGAUGGGGCCCAGCCUGUCCCCGGCCCCCGGCCCCGCGGAGCUGUCUGAAGGGAACGGGGCGUCGCCCAGCUUCAGCAGGGACUCUCCACCAAUCCGGUACUUUGAGGGCGGGGCCAGCUCCCAAGCUUUCCAGUUCUUUCUGCCUAUUGGUUCAGGGGGUGGGCUCCACCUGCCGUCCUCCAUGUUCAUUGGCCCUCCAAAAGAAAAGCCCGCCUCCCCGGAGCUCACUGCUGACGAGCAGCUGGCCUGCCGCUGGAUCAAGUGCAACCUGCUCUUCGAUUCACUGCAGGACCUGGUUGACCACGUGAACGAUUUCCACGUCAAGCCUGAAAAGGAUUCUGGGUACUGCUGUCACUGGGAGGGCUGUGCCAGGAGGGGGCGUGGCUUCAAUGCCAGGUACAAGAUGCUGAUCCACAUCCGCACCCACACCAAUGAGAAGCCGCACCGCUGCCCCACCUGCAACAAGAGCUUCUCACGACUCGAGAACCUCAAGAUCCACAACCGCUCGCACACAGGGGAGAAGCCGUACAUCUGCCCGUACGAGGGCUGCAACAAGCGCUACUCCAACUCCAGCGACCGCUUCAAGCACACACGCACGCACUACGUCGACAAGCCCUACUACUGCAAGAUGGCGGGGUGCCUGAAGCGCUACACCGACCCCAGCUCCCUGCGCAAGCACAUCAAGGCUCACGGGCACCACGUGAUGCACGAGCAGCAGGGGGCGCUGCGGCAGGGUGGCAGGGGGGUGGAGGGUCCCUACAUCAGCGGGGCGCACAUCAUCAUCCCCAGCCCGGCCGCCCUCUUCGGCAGCCACGCCCUGCAGGGACUGGGGCGCUCCCUGCCUCUCCCGCUGAGCGCCCGGCCCCUGGACCUCAGCACGCUGGCCUGCGCGGGCUUGGGGUCCCCCUCCCUGGGCGCCCUGGCCAACCCGGUCCUCUCCCUCAACAGUACUCCCAUCGGCCUGGCCAAAUCGCCCGUGGUGUCUUCCGGCUUCUCCGCCGGUGGUCUGGGGCUGCCCCUGGUUUCCUUGGUGACCGGGGGGGUUUCGCAAAAAAACGGGGCGCUGUUCGGGAAACACUCCAAACUGGCCAACUCCAAGCCCGACAGCAAGCUGAGACCCAGAGGGGAAGACCUUGGGGGCAUACCUGGGACUGUCCUGAAUCUCUCCACCGGGGCAGGUGCUCUCUCCAGCCCUGAGUCGCUAACCCAGGGCUGGGUGGUCAUUCCUUCUGGCUCAGUUGUCCUCAAACCGGCCGUUGUAAACUAAUCCACAUUCCUGGAGGGGUGGGGGGUGGCUUGGAGGGCAAUCAGUAGAUGUCAGGAUGUAAAGGGGUCGCUCGUCCUGAAGCUCAGAGCUCAGAUAACAUUUCCUUUCCUCUAUACAGAUUUCUUAAAGACAACGGUGGACAGUACCACGCGAUGGCAUUCCUUUUCUCUUGUGCUCCAACAGGGAGGACCGUGGCUUUGCUUUGUGCGUUUUUAGAGGCAACUUGGCAGAAACCUUUCUCUUUGGACUGGCGGUCAUGCUGUCCAUGGAAUCCGGUCACCUGGUCAUCCCAUCAGCUCUUCUGCAUUUCUGAUUUACAUGCAAACACACCGAACAUUCAUCCGGAACAUAAGUCUCACGUUUUGAGUUGAUGCUUUAGUUUUUUUUAAGAUAUUUACAGAGAUCUGGCAUGUCUGGUUUAAGCCUGUUUACCUGUAUUGGAAAGCGGCUGCCAGUUCGACCCCAGUUCUUUGAAGUUGUGCCAUUGGAUCAUUAUGGGAUUUUUAAUGUGUAAAGGAUGCAAGAUACUUUGAAUCCUGCGCUGUCCUGUGUAAUUUGUAGAAAUGCUAAUAACAUUGAACCCGGUGCAAUCUGUACACAUACUGAUAAAAUAAAUAAAUAAAAUAGAACCCAAACACAUAUCUGCUUAAAUUGGCUCAAACAAGCGGACGAGACAGGAAAUUCCCACCAUAGGACGUUAAUUCCAUAAAAUAACUUGCAGUGGCCAGAAACCAACCCCAGGGGGAGCCAUGGACCAGGUCAUUCUAAGAGAGUCGAGCCCCUUUAGGAAGAACCUGUGUUGAGGGCAGGCUCCCAUCCCAGGUGUUCCCUAAGUGGGCUUCUGAAUCUACCAAGUUCAUUAGUCUCUAGCGACUCUUGCAGGGUCAUUCUCCUCCCUGCUACAGCACAGUGACCAGCCUCUCCCUGCUCUCUCCUACUGUAGCGAAGGCUCAGGAUAGCCAUGCUGGGGGAGGGAGGAAAGCGGAGCACUUCAGAAACGCAGGGAUCAUUCCCCAAGGACAUUUCAAUCCUUUUUUUUUUUAAGACGAGACAUUUUCUCAUGUCGACGUUGCUUUGUUUUUCGGUGUGGCCAUACCGCCAGCCGCAUGUUGUAAAAGCCUAAUGCGUGCUGCUGGGAAACCAGCCCCCACUGGAACUUCUCACGUUUGCAGGACAAGGCGGACUGGCAGGGCAGGUAGCUCACUUCCGCUGCUUAGCUUGGCUCAGCUCCUCGGGGAGGAGACGUUCAGCAGACACGCUGCCGGCUUUCCUUGGAAACAGAGACGAGCGCUCACCACAGAACAGCGCAGAUACAGGGUUGCUGCUGGAGGGAGAGAAACAUCACAGGAGUGGCUGCCAGGCACCACAGCACUGGAACAAGCUUCUAGGAGCACCGACAGCACUGCAGCGCAGCCUUGAAAGAGGUGGUCACAUGGAGCAGGUAAUGCAGAAACACAGAGCUGGACCGCCCCCUGUGACGGUCAUCCGAGAAUCUUGUUACACAAUAGCAGUGCUGCCUCCACCAAGCAGUGAAUGCAUUUCCACAACUGUGAAAAAAUCUCCCGCUCAUACUCGAAUCAGGUCUUUCAGAGAGUAGACUCUAAAAACGCCCCCUGGUCCUCCGUCCUUCCACACUGAAGACCGCAGCCCCACCAGCUCGUCAGCCGGGAAAAGCUAAAGCAGCUUCCAUCUCCGCUCAGAAGAAGCCUGCCGCUUCCUGUAAAUCAGGCUGUGACUCAAAGCGUGACUCAUGCAGUGGCAUCCGAGACAGGACAGGAAACAGGACUGGUGCUGCUCCAUAGACCCCCACACAGUGCUGUCCAGCGCACUGUAGUGGAGCGAGCCAAGGUUGACACGGACCCGCCCUGGGUCCAAUCUUUAAAUAUAAUUAUAAUAAUAAUAAUAAUAAUAAUAAUAAUAAUAAUAAUAAUAAUAAGCUGUUUGACCUAUUAACCCUUUGAGCACUCACCUGCACUUUCAACAAGCAACAUACACCCCCUCCCUCCUACUCAUCUGCAACGAUAGUCUUUAUCAGGAGUGUCUUGUGAAUGGAAGGUCAUGGUUUGUAACUGUGUCUGCACGGCGUUUCCUUGUGCCCACUAUUUUAACUGUAGUUUGGGGCUUUCAGUUUCUUUUUUAUUGGGACUGUGUCCCACAUAGCAAUCUUUAUUCUAUUGUUUUGUUAUUCUGUAUAGUAUUAUUAUUAUGGCUAUAUGUUUGUGAAUUAGGCUUUCUUUGCUGCUCCUUGACUGUAGAUUUGCGGCGGACUGAUUGCCUUCACUUCCCCGUGCUGUCGAUGCUGCUGGUCAGUAAAAACCAGCAAUCCUGGAAACACGUCGCAGGUCUAAGUGUUUAAAGAAUAGUGUUAAAAUAAAGGAAAGAAACCCCCAGAUCUCAAAAAAUACUGGUUAAAAAAUUGACUCGUUCUGCCUUAGCAUUGCCUUCAUCCUGAUCAACGCCAUCCUAAACUAAAACACAGCGUUUUUAAUGUUUCUUUUAACCAGGAAAGUAUUUUUGUAUUUAUGCGAGUUGCAGGGUUUCCUUUCCUUGAUUUGGAUAUUGUGUUUAACCCUACGCACAACAGUUGACUGUUAACAGGAAGGAGCCGACGGUCAGGGAAUACAGAUCCUCGCUGUCCUUCGAUCAGUGCCUCACUUUGCCAUGACCUCCCUACAAAUAUCAACAACCAUUCGGACACCUAGCUUGCCAAUGAAACACUGACUAGUUUCUCUCCCUCACUCCCCAUCCUGGAUACUCUGGGCAAGUACAUUUAUGAAACACUUUUUUUU